AUGAGUCAGUUCAAAAGGAUUUGGAUUACACACAACACAAACACUACAAGACAGAAGUUGAAUGAUACUUAUCUACCCUACAUUCUUCCUGCUUAUUUGACCUGGCUUAAUGCUCAUCUUACAAAGAUCUGGCCUUAUGUUGAUGAGGCAACAUCUGAGCUUAUAAAGGCUAAUUUGGAGCCAACUCUUGAACAAUACAGACCAAUGGUGUUGUCCUCUUUGUCAUUUUCCAAGUUUACCCUCGGCACGGUGGCCCGCCAGCUUACAAGAGUUUCUAUUGUUGAAGAUGGAGGUGAAGGAAUAACUAUGGAGUUGGAAAUGAAUUGGGAUGGAAACCCUAGUAUAAUACUUGAUAUCAAGAGUAGACUAGGAGUUGGAUUGCCUGUGCAGUAG